AUGAUGGAUCAGACUCAAAUACUCGACCCAAACUAUUAUGUCAAUACGAGCACAGUGAACGCUAAUAUUAUGCCAACAGCAUCUACAUCCACGCAUAUACCAUUUGACCAAUACCAGCAACAGCAACAGCAGCAACCACAGGCAUCGCAUCCUUCACAGGCUUACAUUUACACUGACCCGCAACAGCAGUUACAGCAACAACAACAACAGCAGCAACAUCAGCAGCAGUAUCCAACCAUAGAUUUCUUUUAUGAAACACCUCAUAUCCAGCCUACACCCAGCUCUUCACACACUUAUACCACCACCAACACCAAUACCAUCAAUACAAUCAUACCAACAACAAGUACAUCCUAUCAAAGUCCCUUGACUACAAAACCAUUGGACAGUAGCACUACUGGAGCAACAGCAACAUCUUCAUCUGUAUCGGGAGUAGACGAAGAUUAUGUGCAAAAUCUCGCCAAUGAACUACAACAUACCAAGCAGCUGCUCUCGCAGUAUCAGCUAAGAACAGAGCAACUAAUGGAGCUUGUAAAGAAACAGACUGACAAGAUAUCAGAAUUACGUGAACAACUUGCAAAUAAAAAAUAG